AUGAUUUCUCAAAAACGAUCAUUUUCAAUACUACCUACCCUAUUGAAAUCCAAACCCACUAGUUCUAAUGAUUUAAAACCAGUAUUUAAACAACCUCAUCAUCUGAAUUCAACCAAAGGACAACCACAACCACAAAAUUUUGAAAAAAAUUUACCUCAACCCAAAAUUGAAUUAAAACCUUGGGAAAAACAGAAUAUUUCAAAAGAUUCAUUUUUCAAAAGAAAAUAUGGUAAUAUAUCACCUCAAGACAGAAAAGCAUUGAAUGAAAAAGUUGAACGACAACGAAGAUUUAGAGCUAUGAAAAUUGCUCAUGAAAAAUCACUUCAAGAAAAAGCUUAUCAAGAAAGAGAAAGGGCAAGAGAAUUAGCUCGUGAAGCCAAAGGUAAAGGGAAAAAUUUUAAAUCCGGUGGUUCUUCUAAUUAUGACACUGGGGUUAUGGUUGAUAGAAAUGAUACGAUUUUUGAUUAUGUGUUUGGGACUCAUCCAGUUAAAGCAGUAUUAAUGGCAGGAAAACGUCGUAUUCUUGAUUUAUACACUUUUAAUAAUGAAGAUCCUGAUAUUGUUAAACUUGCCAUGGAAAAAUAUGGUAUUGUUCCUAAAAGAUUAAAAGAUAAAAAUGCAUUGAAUAUACUUUGUAAAAAUGGUGUUCAUAAUGGUGUGGUAUUAAAAACAAAUAAAUUGGAUAUUCCUUAUAUUAAAGAAGUUGGUCAUGCUGAAAAUGGAGAAUAUAAAUUGGCAAUUGAAGAAUUAGAUGAUGCUGCUGCUGUUGAUGAUGAUGGUGAGGUUAAAGUUAAAACAAAGAAGGUUAUUAGAGAUGAUGAUAUUGAACAAAUUGAAGAAUUAUAUCCAUUAUCAUUAUAUUUAGAUGAAAUUACUGAUCCACAAAAUAUGGGAUCUAUUUUACGAUCAGCUUAUUUCUUUGGUGUUGAUUUUAUAGUUGUUCCCAAUCAUAGUACGGCCAAAUUGGGUCCUGUGGCAAAUAAAGCUUCUGCCGGUGCAUUAGAUCUUAUUGAUAUAUAUCAAACGGGUUCAAGUUUGAAAUUUAUUGAUUCUGUUCGUCAAAAUGGAUGGCAUGUUAUUAGUACUAGUGGUAGACCAACAGGUGGUACAAAGUCUAAAGAAAUUACCCAUGUUGAGAAUGAUGCUGAGAAUGAUGCCGAUGUUGAUGUUGAUGUUGAUGUUGAUCAACCACAUUUAAAGAAUAAAUUCAUUGAAUUACAAGAUUUACGUACUAUAUUGAAGAAAACCCCAGUUAUGUUGAUUAUUGGAAGUGAAGGUUCAGGUGUAAGAACAAAUAUGAAAAUAAGAUCUGAUUACCUUGUUGGUAUUCCUAAAAUCAGACGUAAUGAUAAUAUUGUUGAUUCACUUAAUGCUGGUGUAGCAACUGGUGUUAUUUUACAAAAUUGUCUAGAUUAA